AAAACUGUUACCGAGUUCCGCGACAAACCAGCACCAGCAGCAUAGCAUACAGUAUAUAGCAUAGAAUAGGAUAGAGCAGCUCACGCGCACCAUUCGCUAUCUACGAAGUAGCCUAGGCAGAACACAGUGGUACACGGCGUGUGUGUCUAUUACACUCAAAAUACAAGAGACCAGCACGUUUAUACUCGAGCCGUUCUCUCUACGCGUUGUGCGUACUCUUCUCCUCGUAUACACGCUUUAUUGAACAAAUUUGCCAACAUUCCGCGCAAAAGCAAAGUCAUGAAGAAGAAGGAAGUUCAGGAGGAACAGGACUUCUCCAACGAGGAGGAGGAGGAGGACGUCUCGGGGGAUGAAUGGACACCCGCUCAGGAGGGUGGUGGUAAAGGCCGACCAAAAAGAGUUUCUGCUGGUAAGAAACGUCGUGUUGAGGAUGACGAUGAUGAUGAGGAUGAAGAUGAAGAGGAGGAGGAGAGUGAUUCAAAUGGUUUGAAACACAAGAAAAAAUCCCGCAAAACUGACGAUGACGAGGAUGAGGAAGAUGAGGAAGAAGAAGAAGAAGAAGAGGAGGACGAUGACGAUGAGGAUUCUGAUGAUAAUUUUUCUAACACUACCGUACCAGCUAAAGACUUCACUUCUGGAGCUUUUGUGAUUUCCAAAGCUGAUGCUGAGAAAUCAGAAGAACCUGUUUUGUGGAGGAUAGAUGGUAAAGCGUUGUUGCAGAAAUACUUACCAUACAAAGAAAAAGGAAAAACCAUGUACAAAAGCACAUCGACAUAUUCCGGAUGGUCUGUCAACAACAAAGACAAAUACAAUGCUGCUAGAGUUAAUUUCCACUCACAAAAUAGGAUCCAGACCAUAGUUGAACUAUUACCACCAGGGCAAGAACCAGCUGAGAAACCAGAAGCAGAAUCUUAAUUGAAAAAGGAACGUUUGAAUGUCCAUUACAACUAAUAUAUUGGCACCUGACACACUUGUUGUCUCAAAUCAGAGCAUGAGAGAGAGUUGAACACAUCAAUUUCAAUCAAAUUAGUUGAGUUUCUUUGAUACAAACAUUUUUUUAUUUUUCCUUUGAUAAAUCUCUUUUUCUGUGACUUAUUUAAUGUCAAAUCAUGAUUUGUUUAAGGACUUUCUGUUAGGAGUUUUGUAUUCUUUAAUGAAUAGUUAUGUAGUAUUUUUUCACUUUGAAAAUGAAAUUUAUUAAAACUCAAUGAAACAGAAAUCUGUUUUUGAAAAGUUCUGACAUUUGUUUUUUAACAUUCAUCCUAUAAUUGAAUCGGUCUCGCGUUGCACUUUUGUAACAAGUAAUAAUCAUCCAAAUUAUUUGACCAAAUAAAUGAAAUUUAUAAUGAAUUCAAUAAAAACUAUCAGUGUAUUCAAA